AUGGAGAUCAAUAUGGCCAACCGGGGUGAAGCAGGCGACGUUGACGUCGCGCAUCUUCAGUCAGAUGCUCGUGAUGCGACUGAAACAGAGCGCAACAUGAGCAUCAAACAAGCGCUGAAGCUCUAUCCAAAGGCUGUGGGUUGGUCGAUUCUUCUGUCCACAGCAAUCGUCAUGGAAGGCUACGACGUUUCCUUACUUUCCAACUUCUACGCCCUUCCUCAGUUCAAUCAGAAAUACGGCGAGCUACAACCGGAUGGUAGCUACGUUAUCCCCGCCCCUUGGAAAUCGGCUCUCUCGAACGCUGUGAUCUGUGGAGAGGUUCUUGGUCUCUUCCUCACCGGUAUUGUUCAAGAUCGCUUCGGUUACCGCAAGACCAUCCUCGGUGCUCUGUGCAUGAUUGUCUGUUUCAUCUUCGUGGUGUUCUUUGCCCAGAAUGUGCAGAUGCUCCUGGCGGGCGAGAUUCUCUGUGGAAUUCCCUGGGGUGUCUUCCAAACAUUGACGACCGCAUACGCGUCCGAAGUUUGCCCUGUGGCCCUUCGAGCUUACCUGACCACCUAUGUCAAUUUCUGCUGGGUGAUCGGAGGUUUCAUUGCAUCAGGUGUCCUCCGUGGAGUGUUGCAGCUUCCUAAUAGCUGGGCUUAUCGCAUUCCUUUUGCUAUUCAGUGGUUUUGGCCUAUCCCGCUGAUCAUUGGAUGCAUCUUCGCCCCUGAGUCCCCAUGGUGGUGUGUGCGACAUGGACGAAUCGAUGAAGCCAAACGAAACCUCCUCCGCCUGACUAGCAGUUCAGACACCGAUUUCGACGCUGAUAAGGCAAUCUCCAUGAUGCAGCACACCAAUGAGCUGGAGAAGGAGGUCACUGCCGGCACCACUUACUUGGACUGUUUCAAAGGCGUCAACCUUCGCCGAACGGAAAUUGUGUGCUUCGCAUGGCUCAUCCAGAAUCUGUGUGGCUCGACCUUUAUGGGCUAUUCUACUGUUUUCUACCUUGCGGCUGGGCUUUCCGAAUCAGCCUCGUUCGACAUGUCUAUGGUGCAAUAUGCGGUUGGGGCUAUUGGGACUAUUGGCUCUUGGUUCCUUAUGGCCCGGUUCGGCCGACGUACCCUAUACCUAUAUGGAGUUUUCUUACUCUUCUGCCUCCUCAUGAUCAUUGGUUUCACUGCUCUCGCUCCACGAACCAACGUCGCAGCAAACUGGGCAAUCGGCUCUAUGCUUCUUCUCUUUGCUAUAAUCUACGAUAGCAGUGUCGGCCCAGUUUGCUAUUCACUUGUCUCGGAACUAUCGUCCACUCGUCUUCGCGCUAAAUCCAUCGUCCUGGCUCGUAACCUGUACAACGUCGGCGGUAUCGUGGUGAACGUCCUGACAAACUACCAAUUGACCACUACCGCCUGGAAUUGGGGUGCAAAGGCUGCAUUCUUCUGGGCUGGAUUAUGCUUUUGCUGUAUGGUAUGGAUAUUUUUCCGCUUGCCGGAGCCCAAGGGCCGGACCUACGCUGAGCUGGAUAUCUUGUUCACGCAAGGCAUUUCAGCUCGCAAGUUCAAGUCCACGGAGGUUGAUUUGUUCUACCGUAUGGGUCCGGCAAUUGUUGAGCGCUCAGGUAGUGCCGAUGAGGUUGAGAAGGCAGAAGUGGUAUUGAAAGAGAACUGUUAG